AUGGAAAAUACAACGACGACAAUAGUUACAGAAGAUAUUAUUUUUAGAUCCCCAGAUAUCGAUGUUGGCGAUUUACAUCAUGAUACUGAAGAAAUACGUAAAGAUACAAAGAAUAUAUUAAGCUCAAUCGAUGAAGACGCAAAGUUUGUUAAUAAAGUAGCUUCGAUGAUACCUUAUUUGCCGAUUAUUGCAAACGAGAGAUGCGGUACCUGGUAUAUUGAUUCCAAACGGAUAUCUCUAAAAACAGUAUAUUUCAAAUCUACUGAUGGGCAUACCGGUAAAUGGAGCUUCAAUAUACGUCGAUUUAAUAGCCAUUUAUUGGAUAUUAUCUCUGAACAUGGUGGAUGUAUUAUAGUUGAUUCUACACGCCGUGGAAAAAGAAUUCCUGAUUCCUUGUCAAAGACAAUCCCAAUUUGGUGUUGUACAAUAAAUCAAGCGAUUGCAACAUUGCGUAGAAAAAAGCAGUAUAUUGACAGUGAUCAUACAAAGGAUAAUGAUAAAGAAUGGGACAUUGAAUUCCAUUCACCUCCAUCAACCGUCUCAAAAUCAGAGCAUGAUCAAAUCGCUUCUCGAAUACCUGAGUUUGUUGAAAAACUAUUGGAUCCUAAAUUGAAUGUUACCAAAUACCUGGAGAAACUUUCAAAGCCAUUACGCCCUCUCUGGAUAACCUCCGAUUCAAAUAUUUUUGAUAGUGAGCUGCUGCCAGAUUAUACCAGUUUGCCAUUCUAUCCGGUAAUUUGUCUCAGCGCGUCACAAAUGGUAACAAUGGGAAUGGAAUCCCGACAAGGGUACCAGUAUAUUCAGGGUGCUGCAGAUGAUCAGGAGACGUGGUCAUUGGGACUGACACCUUCGCUGUUUUGGAAGCAUCGUAAAGAGAUUCUAGAUAAUUCUUAUUUAGACCCAAUUCGAUGUGAAAGAAAAGUAAGGGAAAUAGUGGAAUAUGCUAAAGUUGAAUCUCUCAAGUCACCUUUAAUUAAUGGUGAUUCAUUUAAUUUUUUGGGAAACACUAAUAUUGCUAUUGGCAAUCGAAAAAGUGGUUGUCCACCAUUAUGCUGGCAGUAUUUUGAUUACAUAGUAAAUUGCACCCCUCAUGGAUACAACACCUCCUCUACUAACUCAUCAACAAUAACCCAAUCCACAGAUAUAAGCUCCAGCGAUAAAGCAAAUUAUAUCCAACUACCGAUUCCAGAAGGCAAAAAAGGACAACAUGUCUUAUUUGAAAUGAUUCCAAAAGCUCUAGACUAUUUAAGGAUACCACUCUUGGAACAUCGACGAAUCUUAAUUCAUUGUGAACAGGGAAUUGAUCGAAGCGUUGGAAUUGCAUUGGCAAUUUUGGUCAAUUAUUUUGAUGAUAAUGAAAAGUGUAUAGAAGAUGGAAUCGAUCGUGAAGAUUUUAAAGUGGUUACAAAGGAUCUCAUUCAACGACGUCUUUUCUUUAUUAUUUCUUAUCGUAAUAAGGCAAAUCCAUCACGUGCAACAAUGAAAAAAGUAAAUGCUUUUUUCAUGAAUGAUAAAGAUAUUUGA